CUUUACUGCAGGGUUUUUUUUCCGUCAAGUUGACUUUGAUUUUGUUCCUCUCUCUCUCUCUGCGGCGACUCCUCGCGACCUCCGGCGAAAUCGUAUCUGUUUUAAGCCACACAAAAAAAAGGUUAAAACAUUGUAACAGAGAACUUAAGAAGCAUUUGAAGGUACCUUUAACUGGAAAAAAAGAGAAAUGCCUUCACAGAAGAUUGAAAGUGGGCAUACGGACACGGUGCAUGAUGUGACAAUGGAUUACUAUGGUAAGCGUCUGGCAACAGCUUCUUCAGACUGCACCAUUAAGAUAACAGGGGUUAGCAGCUCGUCCUCGCAGCAACUGGCUACUUUGAGUGGUCACCAAGGACCAGUGUGGCAAGUAGCUUGGGCUCACCCUAAGUUUGGGUCAAUCCUCGCUUCCUGUUCUUCUGAUGGGAAGAUAAUUAUUUGGAAGGAAGGUGCUCAAAAUGAGUGGAGUUUAGCACAUGUUUUUGAUGACCAUAAAGCUUCAGUCAAUUCCAUAGCUUGGGCUCCUCAUGAGUUGGGCCUUUGUUUGGCUUGUGGAUCUUCUGAUGGGAACAUUUCGGUUUUCACUGCAAGAUCAGAUGGUGGUUGGGAGACAUCACGGAUCGAUCAGGCCCAUCCUGUUGGUGUUACAUCUGUUUCCUGGGCGCCAUCAAUGGCUACUGGCUCUCUUGUAGGCUCUGAUAUGCUUACUCCUGUUCAGAAGCUUGCUUCUGGUGGCUGUGACAAUACGGUUAAAGUGUGGAAGCUGUUUAAUGGAACGUGGAAAAUGGAUUGCUUCCCGGCUCUUCAAAUGCACACUGAUUGGGUCAGGGACGUCGCGUGGGCCCCUAACCUGGGACUGCCAAAAUCAACUAUCGCGAGUGCUUCUGAAGAUGGAAGAGUAAUUAUAUGGACCGUGGGUAAGGAAGGUGAUCAAUGGAAGGGUAAUGUGUUGAAGGAUUUUGGUUCCCCUGUUUGGAGAGUAUCGUGGUCGCUAACAGGAAACCUACUGGCUGUGGCAGAUGGGAAUAAUAAUGUGACAUUAUGGAAUGAAGCAGUAGAUGGUGAAUGGCAACUAGUGACUUCAGUAGAUGCAUAAAGUUCAACACAUAUUUCAGUAUCUCCCUUAAGCCCAUAUUAUUGCUGCAUAUUCAUUAACUUUUGGGGGUUAUAUCAUAUUAAUAUAACUAGCUCUUUUGCAAUGCAUAAAUGAAUAAGGAAACUUGAAGUUGUUCAUGAAUUGUCGAUUAUCAUAAAAUGGAUUUUGCUUCAUCAUAUCAAUGUGCUAUAUAACAUCACGAUCAAUGUGGUGUUUGACGGAAGAACAGAUAUGAACUAUCUUAUCCAUUGUCUUAAUAUCUAUAGUGCUAACGCUUCGAUA